GGGUCCAUUUCCACAGAUUGCUGUCCAGACCAACUGGACUGCCUGGGAAAGGCGACGAGAAGGUCAAGACCUUCCUCCCAGCGACGGCUUCUGCCUGGGACGGUUCUGACAGGUGCUCAUCACCCCGCUGGGAGAACACCGCCGGGCUGCUUGUGCUGCCGGUGGCUGGGAACAACAUUGGGCUCCGGGUUUCGUGGAGAAGGAACAUAGUUAAGACACUGGUAUUGUCCUCAGGAUGGCCGCCAGCUACCCUGGACAGGAUCGGGUGGUUGCCCUGGUGGACAUGGACUGCUUUUUUGUCCAAGUGGAGCAACGACAAAACCCUCACUUAAGGAAUAAGCCUUGUGCAGUUGUGCAGUACAAAUCAUGGAAGGGUGGGGGAAUAAUUGCAGUGAGUUAUGAAGCUCGUGCUUACGGGGUCACCAGAAACAUGUGGGCAGAUGAUGCGAAGAAGUUGUGUCCCGAUCUUCUGCUGGCACAAGUUCGUGAGUCCCGGGGGAAAGCUAACCUCACCAAGUACCGGGAAGCCAGUGUUGAAGUGAUGGAAGUAAUGUCUCGUUUUGCUGUGAUUGAACGUGCCAGCAUCGAUGAGGCUUAUGUAGAUCUGACCAGUGCUGUACGAGAGAGACUACAAAAUCUAGAAGGUCAGCCUAUCUCAGCAGACUUGCUGCCAACCACCUACAUUGAAGGGUUUCCCCAUGGCCCUACAACAGCAGAAGGGACUGUUCAGAAAGAGGAAAUGCGACAAAUAGGCCUAUGUCAAUGGCUUGGCACCCUUCAGCUUGGUCACCCUGCCUCUCCAGACCUGCAGCUCACUGUGGGCGCUGUGAUUGUGGAGGAGAUGAGAGCCGCCAUAGAACGGCAGACGGGCUUCCAGUGUUCAGCGGGAAUCUCCCACAACAAGGUCCUGGCAAAACUGGCCUGUGGAUUAAACAAGCCCAACCGCCAGACACUGGUCUCCCACGGCUCGGUCCCACAGCUCUUCAGCCAAAUGCCUGUUGGCAAAAUCCGUAGCCUCGGAGGAAAGCUUGGGGCCUCUGUCAUUGAAAUCCUGGGGAUACAAUACAUGGGUGAACUGACCCAGUUCACUGAAGCCCAGCUCCAGAGUCAUUUUGGGGAGAAGAAUGGGUCUUGGCUGUAUGCCAUGUGCCGAGGUAUUGAGCAUGAUCCAGUUAAACCCAGGCAACUACCCAAAACUAUUGGCUGCAGCAAGAACUUCCCAGGGAAAACAGCACUGGCUACUCGGGAUCAGGUGCAGUGGUGGCUUUUGCAAUUAGCCCAGGAACUGGAGGAGAGACUGACCAAGGACCGGAAUGAUAACAACAGGGUGGCCACUCAUUUGGCUGUGAGCAUUCGGAUACAAGGAGACAGGCGUCUCAGCAGCCUGCGCCGCUGUUGUGCCCUCACCCACUAUGACGCACACAAGAUGAGCCAGGACGCAUUUGCUGUCAUCAGGAACUGUAACACUUCUGGGAUCCAAGCGCAGUGGUCCCCUCCCCUCACGAUGCUUUUCCUCUCGGCCUCCAAAUUCUCUGCUUCCACCCCUGGGUCUGGCACAGACAUCACCAUCUUCUUGAGCAGUGACCCAAGUUCUUUGCCAAAGGCGCCAGGUGCCAGUUCAGAAGCUAAGACGCAGGGAAGUGGCCCAUCCAUAGCAGCCACCAAGAAAGCACCCAAUUCUCUGGAAUCCUUCUUCCAAAAAGCUGCAGAGAAGCAGAAAGGCAAAGAAGCUUCUUUCUCAUCUCCGACCGCCACCACCCAGGCCCCCGUGACCAAGUCGCCAUCCAAACCCGCACUGCCUUUCCAGACCAGUCAGGCUAAGGGGAUUGAGCCCUUCUUUAAGCAAAAAAGCCUGGAAGCCCUAAAACAGAAACCAGUUAGUAACCCUUCGGUUUCCUGUUCUCCACAAAAGCCCAGCUCCAGCCCUCAAGGGUUCCCAAACCACUCUCCGACAGACUCCCCAGGCCGUGUGCAGGCUUGUGGAGAGGUGCUGAGCGCAGGACCCGCGGGCGCAGCUCCUGUGGGGACGGCUUUGGCCCUGAGCAGCUCCCACAUGCUCGCUUCCGUAACCACCCCCACGUCAGCGCUGGGUGAGGCUCAAGAGGCAGUGCCCACUCCGAGUCUCCUGGACGCUGAAGACCAAGUUUCGUGUGAGCAGUGUGGCUCCCUGGUGCCAGUGUGGGAGAUGCCGGAACACGCGGACUAUCAUUUUGCCUUAGAGUUGCAGAAAUCCUUUGUGCAGCCCCAAUCCCCACACCCCCGCAUGGUUCCUACCCUUUCUCCUCAAGGCAAAAGAAACCUCAAGAGCCCUGUGGCCUCCAGUACUAAACGGCCCAGGGCUGAGGGCAUGCAGACACUGGAAUCUUUUUUUAAACCAUUAGCCCAUUAGGGCUGCCCUAAGGUGUUCAUAUCUGUCUAUUCCCUGGGAGAUAGAAAUGUAUUCACUUCUCCAGGGAAUUCAUAACUUAAGUUUUUAAUAAGCAAAUGAAUCCAGUUAGGCGCUGAGUUACAGCUCCUAUCUUCCCAGCCAUGGAAUCCAGUCCCUUUGCCAGUAGAGACUAAGAAUCCAUCUUCCAUGGGAUUCAGAGCGGCUCUGAAUCUUUGAGCUGUCACACUUAGGGAGGCGGUGCUGCACAGUGAGAAGUGUGUGUUUCCUGGAGCCCAGGAGACCUGGUUCUACCCCUCGCUCUGCCUGUGAGCAGGCUUCUCCUCAUUUGUACAAUUAAGAAUGCUUUAUAGAUUAUUAAAGGUAGAAAGCAUGCAGUGCCUAGCUUGAAAAGUUGGCACAGAGGAGGUAUGAACUGGUAAGGGUUUUCAAGUUUCCCAUCAGCCCUGUGACGGUGCAGGUAGUACUUUGCCCCAAACUCUCUCAGAUGGAGCCCUACAGAAAUACAGUCAGCUGUUGAAGCAGACUGUGCACAUAAAAGUUACUCAAAUCCUGAAUUCGGCUCCAGUGAACCCUAGUAUAAAGAGCCCUGUUGGCACCAUGGCUAAGUGCUCGCCUGCCAACUGAAAGGUUGGGAGUUCAAAUCCAUUCAGUGGCUCAAGGGAGGAAGACCUGGCGCUCGAUUUCCAUAAAGGUUACUAUGAACCAAUGGUGACUUUACACUCGUCACCACCCCUUGACAGAGGGGACCUGCCCCUGAGGGCUUCCUAGAAGGGUCCCUUUACAAAAUCAAACCACCAGGUCUUUCUCCCAUGGUGAGCUCGAACCACCACCGACCCCUGAGCCAUUUUGCCAGCAAGCUCCUUCUCUUCCUUAAAGAUUGCAGCCCAGAAAGCCCCCAGGGGACAGUGUGCUUGAAAAUGGACCUAUGGGCACCUAACAACAAACCCUGUGUAACGGGGGCAGCAGCCUGUCGGCCCUGUCUCCUCUCAUACUUAAGCAGAAUGAGAUUGCUGCUAUUGACCCAGUUCAGAAACGUCUUCCUUGCUGAAGUGAGCUUUGAGAGUUUUAACUCCAUUUUUAAAAUUCAUUAUUGUAGCGCUUUCAACUUGUCAAAUGAUACUGAAUUCUUAAUCUCCGUUCUUACGUAUGGGAAGUCAACUUUUUUGGCUUUUCUGACAUCUCAUGGGAAACCUGAGUUGUAAAGAUAAACUGAGUAGGGUGGGGUGGGGGUAAAUAGAAAGGGAAAAUGGUAUGUACCCACACACCCCACCCCAGACAUCUACAUAAACCUGUACUUUUUGGCUUAUUUAUACAUUAGGGAGGAAUCUACAUUUAGCUUGAAGAAAGGAGAGCAGUUUGAAAAUCACUUCUUCCUCUAUGUGUUCUAUUCAUGGAAAUAAAAUCAGCGCUCUAAUAAAAAUCAGUAGUAUACAUGG